AUGUCCUCGAGUUCCCUGUCUGAAAAGCCAGCAAACAACUUCGAGCACCUGAACUCUCCGGAGGAGGAGUCUUCAGACGAACAACACAACUACGAUGCCGCUGUUGCCGCACAGGCAAACGUCGUGCCAAACACAUCCAAAUCUAAGUAUGUUAUGCCAGCUUUCUUGUGCCUCAUGAUUGCUUUCGGUGGUUUCGUCUUUGGCUGGGAUACCGGUACGAUUUCCGGUUUUGUCAACAUGCCUGAGUUCCAGCACAGAUUUGGUCAGAUUGGGGGUAACGGCCAGUAUUACUUAUCCAAGGCCAGAACCGGAUUAAUGGUGUCCAUCUUCAACAUUGGUUGUGCCAUUGGUGGUGUCACCUUAGGUAAGACUGCAGACAUGUACGGUAGAAAAAAAGGUUUGAUGAUCACCAUGGUGGUUUAUAUUGUUGGUAUUAUCAUUCAAAUUGCUUCCGUCAAGUCCUGGGUCCAGUACUUCAUCGGUAGAAUUAUCUCCGGUUUAGGUGUUGGUGCCGUCUCCGUUUUGGCCCCUAUGUUCAUUUCAGAAACCUCUCCAAAGGCCAUCAGAGGGUCUUUGGUCUCCAUGUAUCAGUUGAUGAUUACGUUAGGUAUCUUCCUUGGUUACUGUACGACCUACGGUACCUACCACGGCUACGUGGACUCCAGACAAUGGAGAAUUCCAUUGGGUCUCUCUUUCGCAUGGGCCUUAUUGAUGAUUGUCGGUAUGGUUUUUACUCCUGAGUCUCCAAGAUACUUGAUUGAAGUUGGCAGAAUCGAGGAGGCUAAGGCUUCUCUCGCUAAGGUCAACAAGACUGAGGCCGAUAGUGACUUUGUCCUCAGCGAAUUAGACGUUUUGGUUGCUGCCAUCGAGCUUGAGCAAAGCGCAGGUAACGCUUCUUGGGGUGAACUUUUCACCGGUAAGCCAAAGAUCUUCUACAGAUUGAUGGUUGGUGUCUUCUUGCAAUCUCUGCAACAAUUGUCAGGUGACAACUACUUUUUUUACUACGGUACUACUAUUUUCAAGUCUGUCGGUUUGGAGGAUUCCUUUGAAACCUCCAUGGUCUUGGGUGUCAUCAACUUUGCCUCCACUUUCCUGGCUCUAUGGGUUGUCGACCAUUUUGGUAGAAGAAAGACGUUGAUGGGUGGUUCCGCCGGUAUGCUAGUCUGUUUGGUCAUUUUCGCCUCCAUUGGUGUCAAGGACUUGUACAUUGACGGUUAUGAUGGUGAAGCAAGAAAACCAGUUGGUAAUGCCAUGAUUUUCUUGGCAUGUUUCUUCAUCUUCUUCUUUGCCACCACUUGGGGUCCAUGCGUUUUCGUUGUUGUCUCCGAAACCUACCCAUUGAGAAUUAGAUCUAAGGGUAUGGCCAUUGCUUCUGCAGCUAAUUGGAUCUGGGGUUUCUUGAUUGCAUUCUUCACUCCCUUCAUCACUAACGCUAUUCACUUCGCUUACGGUUACGUGUUCUUUGGCUGUGUCCUAUUUUCCUUCUUCUUUGUCUUUGCCUUUGUUCCAGAAACUAAGGGUCUCAGCUUGGAAGAUGUCGAUGAAUUGUACACAAAUUACACUCCAGGUUUGGCAUUCAUGAACUCUUUCAGGAAAGAAAAGUUGGAAGAAAAGCAUGCUGAUUUGGAUAACUCGCCAAACGUUUAA